AUGUCUUGCAGAAGCUUGAAUCUGCUACUAAACCCAUUCUCUAGCCGGAGCUCCCGCACCAUAACCCUAGUCUCCUCCUACAAGGCACAAUGCCCUAAAGUCGCGCCUCCAUCGAUUCGUUCUGAUGGCCAGAGCCGGAGACAUCUAUUGUUUCUUAUGACGGCAACAACGGCAAUUACGGCAAUGGAGAUGCCGUCGAUGGCGGAGGACAUAGGGCUAUUUGGAUUGAGGAAGAAGCUGAAGAAGGCAGAGGAAGAAGCGGUGGAGAUCGUGAAGGAAGGAAUUGAGUCAGCUGAGAAAGGAGUCGAAGCCGCGGAGAGACAGAUCGAGGCGGCGGAGAUGGAGAUUGAGACGGAGGUCCGUUUCGGAGGUGGUUUGACGCAGGCGGGAGUGGUUGCUGGUGCGGAGGUUGUUGGGAUUUUGAUUGCUACUUCGGUGGUUAAUGGGAUAUUAGGACCUGAAAGUUAA